AUGGUCAAUAGAUGCGAAAAGGCUGGCUUCAAAUGCGAUGGACCACAGUCCAUUGUCUUUGUUCAAGGCAAGAUUGUCAAAUCUAGGAGGUCGCAAAAGUUGAAGACCAAGGCGGCAGACCCGCCUCUGACGACUGCAUGGAAGAGGCAGGAAGUAGAAGAGUCUACCUCGGAAUCUCCUGAAUAUCGCUUCGAUCUACCUGAAAUUAGACCAAAGUUCAACGACAAAGAAGUUUACAUCUGCUACGCACGCCGCCAUCUUCUCCCAAAUGGUCCCAUAGACCUCGGGUUGCAGGAGCUUCAGACCUCAGACAUUGUCACGCAAGAUUCCGCAGCAGAAGGGAGCAACAGUUCGCUAUUUGUUCAAGCUGCACUCAGCUUUGCAACCCUUUUCUUCGGGGCGCAGCAUCACCAGAGCCGGAUCCUCACCGAAGGUUAUGCCAUACAUGGUGUAGCUCUUAAGCGGCUAAACCAGGCUUUAAGCCAGCCAGAGCGCCGCACGCACGACGACGUAAUCGUCUCUGUCAUUCUGCUGGCUAUGCUUGAACUCUUCAUGCCCACCGGUCCCAGAAACUGGCUCAAGCACAUGCUUGGAUUGGAACAGCUUUUAGCACUACUCGACCCAGCAUCCCUCGUUCACGCGUCAUUCCGAAGACUAGAGCUCUACAAAGGUGUGCGACAUAUGAUACUGAUUGCAUCAUUGAGGAACAGAACACCAUCAAUUUUUGCGAGGCAACAGUGGAAAGCUGUACUGAGAACCGCGCUUUCGCUCGAAACACCAGAGGAACAGGAUUUACAUGACGUACUUGCCGAUUGCUCAGUACUAAUCGCAGCCAGUGACGAGCUCUUCAAGCUUCAGCAUACGUCUGGCCCAGGCUAUGCCCAAAGGCGACAAGAGAUGCAAUGUAAGGCGGAAGAGCUCCUAGUCUUUCUUGAAGCGUGGAAACUGCGAUGGGAUAGUAAUGAGGGCAACGUUUACAUUGAAGAAGAGUGUCUUGAUCUUAAUACUGCCGAAGCGUCACCGCGCAUCAUCUACAGAUUCAUGAGCGACUCGGUCGCGCGGAUGCUGAUGCUAUACAACACAGCAUUGAUAUACGCCCUCCGCGUCAUGGCGACGUUGGAAAUCAAGAACGAAGCCUCGCAAUAUUUCUCGAGCGACAUGCACGGAUAUGCAGGCGCAGAUAUUCGGAGCGAAAGCUCUUGCUAUCCCGCUAUUCGUGCAGCGGGCCUCGAUAUCGCCCGUUGCAUCACUGACUAUCUGCAACACAAACGUGUGCGGGGAGAAACAGACUUCGCCUCACCUAUUGUACAAUGGGCUGUGAUGACCGCCGGGCAGGCGUUAGGUGGCGAAGACUCUUCGGACGGCGAAUGGAUGAUCAGCCUGCUGAAAGGAGAUGCUAUGUAUGCAAUUGCGAAGAGAGCUUGGGAAGUUUGA